ACGUGAUGGUAGAGGAGCAACGGGACCAGCCGGAAGGAGGGGUGAGCCGAUGUUUAACCCGAUUGAACGACUAGUCUAUCUAGCUAGCAUUCCUCCUUGCCCCUACGCUCAGUUAGAAAGAGGGAGAGAGAGAUUUAAAAACGAGGGUCGCAAAUUAGAAUUCAGAGACGGAUUGGAUUUGGAUGAUCAAGGUAACUCGGCUAUUAACAACGGGACAGAAGGACUCGAAAAAUGGCCACAUAUACACCGCUGAACCCGAAAGAACUGGCGAGGCGUGUUUGAACGCGACGGAAUCUUUUUGUUUCGGUGUGAUUUGCAAACCAAACGAGUUUUGGGAAUAACCGAGGCCCUAUAUCCUCGGUGGAUUCUUUCUUUUUCUUUUUUUGAUGAGGAGCGCAAGAUUGAUGACCGCUACCUUUAACAAGGCCAGAAUAGCGACAUCCCCUUUAAAUUAAGAUUAGACUGGUGCAUUUAUAUGUAAUAAUAUGUAAAACCGUGGUAGUCGUAAAUAUUCUAAGGUAGUCUUAUUUGUUUGUGCAGCGACAGAAAAUGGUGAGAUGACUUCUCAGAAUUAAAACGAUUUCAUUAAGCUUACGAAGUCAGUGGAGUGAAAUGGUUUUAGCUGAACGUGAGCUGAUAAUAGUUAUGAUCCGUCCCUGAUAAACCAAAGGAAUGAAGCCAGGACACAUCUUUGGGCCUGGAUACGUUUUGAUCGGUCUGUGUGUAUGAUCCGAAGGCUCGCUACAGAAGCCAACAUUCCAGUGGAUUCUAAAAACCCUGGCCUUUGUUUUGUGCUUAUGAACUGAAGUCGGUUAAACCAUAAACUAUGCAGUAAAUCGCCUUCUAACGAAGUAUUGUUGGACCUUUUUACUAAUUAAGUCUUUAUUAGGCCCAAGUAGCCGAGAAGAGUAUUUGGUGAGAAAAGUCUAGGCCUUGUGUACAGAUAUGCGAGUGUUGCCUGUGGAAGCUUUAUAGCUGACGACGUUACACAUCAAACAAAUAGGCUGUAGUUAUGUCGCUAUUGUGAGGAUCAAAGUCCGUCGCAACGUGGUGCAAUGUUUAUUGAAGGGCUAAGGACACUUGUCACAUGUAUCUGAUUUGCAAUCCUUGUAUUUUUGUUUAAUCCUUGUACCAAAAAGAUGUCACGAGCGUAGUCGUAUUAAUUGUGAACGUACCCAGAAUAGUCGGUGUAUUACUGGAAGAGGAUAAAAUAACAAUUAAUGUGCCCUUUGGAACAUCGCCGUUGUAUCAACCUUGGGCAAGCUUCAUCGAUUUACAGAUAGCUUUAUUCAGGGUGACGGUAUCGGAAUAAUUUCGGCAACGCAAUCUUUUACUUAUGUUCAUUUCUGGACCUCAAUCGAUUGAGAAACAAACAUAAGCGGACGAGGAAGUCAAGGCUAGCUUGUCAAGCUAAAGUGAAGGGCUACGCAGACUGAGAGGAAAAGGUGAGCGUCCGCCUUUCAUCAGCUGUAUAGAAAUAAAUUCGGCUCGGCGGUGAUGUAACCGUACAAACGACCCUAAUUUAGACCGAUUCAAUUUAAUGUCUGAACCGUGUUGCUUGGUAGAUCUCUGUGCCUUUAUUGCUAUCAUACCGUAGCUGGAAAUACGAACAAUUUUUAGCUGCGAUAACUAGGCCUAGGCUAUACUACGCACAAAGUGAACCAUUCGUCAGCCGUUACAGUAGCCGGUUAUUGCCUAACCGUGUGAUUUCAGAGAAACGAAGGCCUUGCUAACCCUUUACGGUAAUUUGCAUAACGUCAGCCCGGACCGUGUGUCGUAAUCACCGGGGUGUUUUCAUCAUUUCCCUGAGGCCUUUCCUGGUGGCUGUGGAAUCUGCCUAGGUUUACCUGCUCUGCACAAACAGGAUGUGCACUGCUGCCUGGAUUUAAAGCAAUAGUUGAGAGCUGAGGACAUUCAUUCACCAGUCGGUUGGACUAAACUGGUUGAAAGUGCUAGUGAUAAUAAUAACACUUUAUUGCUGAGUUUUUUUGCACAAUAGACAAAUAUCACUAAAGGACUAGUAACAUAUUGGACUUAGGUCUUCCCUCAGUCCUCAAGACAUUUGAUCUAUAGUCAGGGGCUUAGUUCAUGGCUACAAAUCCAUAGUCAAUCCAUAGGAUUGUUAUUUUUUUUCAUGUGAGAAGGUCUUCGUCGCGUGUCUGUCCGCCGCUCCCAAAAUGGCCUCCAACAUGGCGACCUCCGAUCUGUCCGAGACAUGGAGGAACUGUUUCGAAGAGGAGCUGAUCUGCCCCAUCUGCCUGCACGUCUUCUCCGAACCUAUCCAGCUGCCCUGCAAGCACAACUUCUGCCGGGGCUGCAUCUCCGAAGCCUGGGCUAAAGACUCCUCCCUGGUCCGCUGCCCUGAGUGCAACCACGCCUACAGUCAGAAGCCUGCUCUGGAGAAGAACCACAAGCUGUCCAACAUCGUGGACAAGUUCAACGCUUUGUCUGUAGAGAAGGCCGCCUCGCCGGUGCUGCAGUGUAUUCUGUGCCGCCGUGGCCCCCCACUCCCGGCUGUCAAGGUUUGCCUGCGCUGUAGCGCCCCCUGUUGCCAGAGCCAUGUCCAGACACACCUGCAGCAGCCCUGCUCCGCCCUGGGACACCUGCUGGUGGAGGCUGAGGCAGUCAAGGCCUGGACGUGUCCUCAGCACGACGAGUACAGACUGUACCACUGUGAGGCAGAACAGACAGCCGUGUGUCAAUACUGCUGCUUCACACGAUGCCACCCCAGUCACGGACACGGAGUCACUGACGUGGAGCUACGCCGCAACGAUAUACGGCAAAAUCUAUUGCGGCAGCAGGAGAGGGUGGAGGAGAGAGUUCAGGACAUCGAUGAGCAGCUCUGUAAACUCGACUCUGACAAGUGUGUGGUGGAGGAUAGAGUGUGUGAGCUAAAAGAGGAGGUGCGUGUGCAGUACCAGCGGAUGCAGCACUUCUUGGAAGAAGACCUGUCCCGAACACUGGAGGUUCUAGAGCGGGCGCGUUCUAGGUUCUGCCAGGAGAAUGCGGGCCAGGUUCUAGCUCUGGGAGAACAGAGACACGAGGCCCAGAAGCUGCUCAGCUCGGUCCACACAGCCUUCGGCAAGGCUGAGGAGCUGGGCUUCAUGAAGAAUACUAAACCUGUCAAGAUCCUCAUGGAGAGGUCUCAAGCGUGCGUGGGAAGUGCACUCCCUCCCUACAAGGUGGGCAGUCUCAACUCUAAGCUGUUCCUGUCAGAACUCUCCAAGAGGGAGAAGAGCCUACGGAAAACACUGGAAGCCCCCCUAGCCCCUCCCUCCUCGUUCCUCCAGUCCGUCCAGGCGUAUCCCAGUGGCCUUGGCUCCGGGGCAGAGAAACGCAAACACUCCUCUGCGUUCCCAGAAAGCAACGGAAGCACCGGGAAAACGUCUGCUUCCGGGUUCAAGGACUCCUCAUCCAAGCAGCCCUACCUAGGCCCAAACUCUGCCCCCGGGGAGGGCCAAUCCUCCAAUCAGCAGCCUCUGGUUCCCUGUGGCUCCUCCCACAUGAAUGAAAAUGGCGGAACAGGAAGUGGAAGUGGCUCUCUAACAAAUCACCAUUCAGGGUCUGUGUUCGGUCCCUCCCACUUCCCCCCUGCUGGCGGUAGCUCCUCCCAUACUUCUCAGCAGGCAGUGCUCCCCCAGUAUGGCGGGCGUAAGAUCCUGGUGUGUACCAUGGAUAAUUGCUACUGCUCUGGGGUACCCUCUGUGUCGGGCCACCGCGGCCACCCUCCCUACCCACGUUCAGGCUCCUUUCCCUGGGUAAGCACCCAGGACUACCCCCCUCCCCCUGGCCUGGCCUCUGGAGCGCCAGCCAUGCAAGGGCUGGCUGUCAGAGACUGGAUAGAUGCACAGCAGACGCACAGACACACAGACUUCUAUGGCCUGUAUGGGCAGCCCUCCACCAAGCACUAUGUCACCAGUUAACACGCAUACAUGCAUUUAUCUAUACACACACAUACUUCUACAGGCAAACAGCUCUCUACUAAGCACUACGCUACUAGUUAAAUAAACGCAUGUCUACAUAUGUAGACAAACACAGAACCUACAUACAUACAGGUACACACAGACAUUCACUUCUACAUGUUAUACGGACAGUCCUCUGCUAAGCACCAUGUUACGACUCGUAUAGAUGCACUUACAAGCACUCUCGGGGGCAGGGUUGACAUGUGUUCGUUUUCUCUGUCAGACACACAGUGUACUGUAUGAUGAUAUACGUGUCUUUGUGCAAAAACUGUUGACGCUGAAGCACUUCGGCUCGACUGAAAUGUUUUAGCGACAUCUCCUUCCCCGUUGUAGUGAGAUCGAUAGCCUUAUGUUAUAAUUAUUUUCCAUGUUUAUUGAACAUGGUCUGAUAACUGUAAAGAGAACAAUGGUUUAUUACUGUUACAGCUCUGGUUUUGUCUCCUCUCCUUGCUGAGUUCAGGGAUGUACUGUGCAGCUUGAACACACUCGCUCUUCCAAGUUCUCUUCUGUGUGUGGACUGGGACCCCCUCCCAUGCACUUUGGGGGGGGAUGGGGGUGUGUUGGGAUUUCUCUCUGUGUAGAAGUUGCUCUGUAGACAGGCCUAGGAUUAGCUACCCUCCCUGUAGACACAGGUCCAAGAUCAGCUGACCUGUACCCCAGUCCUAACCUUAAACAUCAGUGGGUCAAAUGGCAGAACCUGUCCCUAGAUCAGGGUUUUGGGGCAACUGUAAACCUACUUCAUUAUGGACCUUCUUUGUUCCCAUUUAUCCAAAUCCCAUCAGAGAGGGGAUCCGACCCCCUUCCGUUGUGCUGCCAGGCUUCCCAUCGGAUUGAAUUCUUCCAUCUGAGAGAUCCUUUUUUUUUUUUUAGUUUUAUUAAUAUUCAGAUCAUGACAUGAGUGAUUCCCAUAUGGCAUAUGAGUAAUCAUACCAUAUCAGCAGGUAUCAUGUUUGUCUUGAAGACAAUUGGACUCGUAGACAGGAUGGUGGCUCGGCGAGCAACUACAUGGCCUGGACUGUACUGGACAGACCAAACAAAUCAACUCAAGCAUCUGGGAGUGUGACGGUGACUAUGCGUUAAUAAUGUACUUCCUGCAGGGUGACGUCACUUCCUUUUAACAAGCACACGCUCUCGGCUUCCUGUUUGCAGCUGUAAGCAUGCGGGGAAGAGUUUUAUAAAGCACUCUGGAAUAAAAAAAAAAUAAAAAACAAGAAGUGAAAAAUAAAAAAGAUGAGUGGAAGUAAUGGUUGAGGUUUUUUUUUCAUGAACUUUUUCUAUGAGAAACUGGACUGUUUGACUUAAGCAUUGGUUUUAAAAAAUGCUGGAAAGGAACUGUUACAAGAACAGUCAACCAAUAGAAGAAAUAAAUGGGAAACUUUUUUUUUGUAAAUAUUUUGAAAUGAAAAAUAAAGGACGUCAAUUGGAGGGUUCCAAAUAAAUCAAGGCAUUUAAGAUACUUCCCUCCAUUUCUUGAUCACAA